AUGACUGGCUCAGACGUGGAGACGGCUGGCGUCAAGCGGCCAGGAAUCGAUCUUGAAAGCCUCCAGCGCAAGAAGUUCAAAACUUCAGAUCUGCCAUUAUCAGCUGCGCAGCGAACGUCAAUCGAUGGCCUUCUAUAUGCGUUUAAGAAGAAGGGUGGUUUUGACUCGGUUCGAAAGAAAAUAUGGGCGGAAUUUAGCGAGAGUGAAGCUAAAAAUUCUCUUACAUCUUCUUUGAUCAAAAUGGCCGAAUCUGAAAUUGACCGGGAUCCUUCUUUAUUGUCAAGGGAGAGAGGAAAAGCGGCAACUCUAAUAGAAGGCGCCGUUGAUCGAAGUGACCUUUACAAAAGCGUUGAGGGGGCCAUUGAUGCGAUAUGUUCUAACCACUUGGACUAUAUCCUCGACUCCCUUCGCACUAUCCGUCGACAAGAAGUUGGCGAAGAAAUGGCUGCGCUAGAGGAAGAGAGGGGUAGUAGGGCAGACGAAUACUACGAACGUGAAGUCAAGACUAAGCGAAAUGAACGAGAAAUAGCGUGGCUGAAGGAGCUUGAGAAACAGAAACAACGUGAAAUCGAAGAGGCAAAGGCUAGGGCUGAGGAGUUACGGAAACAACGUGAACUUGAGAAACAAAGGGAGGAGGAAGAGCGGAAAAAGAAGCUGGAGUUGGAGGAAAAAAGGCGAGCGGAAAGAGAGAAGAUUCGAGAAGAAAGACGUCUUCUAGAAGAGCAGAGGGAAAAGGAGAGGGAGGAACGGUACGAACGAAGAAGGCGGGAGCGAGAGAAGGAAAGAGAAGAUGAACGGGAAAGGGAUCGAGAGAGUAGAGAUCGUGAUCGUGACCGUGAUCGUGGACGAGAUAGGGAUCGGGAUACCGUGCUCGACCGAUCACCUCGACGUUCCCGACAGCGUUCCAGGACCCCAGAAGAGCCCAUCCCUGCAAUUGUUGAUGAGAAAUCGUUGGAGGACGCAGCUCUAGAAUUGCUUCUAAAGGAAGGGAAAGAAUUAGCGGAGAAAUCACGACAGAAACCAGAGUUUGACUUUGAACAGGCCGAAGCCCUUGAGAAUGCGCAGCUGCAGCAACCUCAACCUCAGGCGCAAACUCAACCGCAACAACGUUCACGCCAGUCAUCAGUCACAGAUAGCAAAGCUCUUCGGACAGAUCAGACUCGUUCACGAGCCUCCCAUUCACGGCUAAAGAACGAGGUGUCUCCUUCGCCUAAAUCUACAUCUAAAUCUGAUACCAAGCUGAGCGACGAUCGUCAUGAUAAUGAUAGGGAUCGGGAUCGGGAUCGUUCAGAGCGAGAUCGAGAUCGAGAUCGAGGCCGUGACCGUGACCGUGACCGUGACCGAUAUCGAGACGAACGAAGCCUUCGACUCGAAGCAAGCUGGACAGAGAUGAUCAUUCCCGCACUCGCGGAAGAAGCAGGAAUCGCAGCAGGAGCCAUAGCAGAUCUGCUGCGCGAAGCCGCGACAGAGACCGAAAUAGAGAUCGGGGGAGAGACAGGGACAGAGACAGUGAUAGAGGGCGGAGUAGGGAGCGAGAUAGGGAUGACCGUUGUUACCGUCCGAGGGAUUAUUCGCGAGGCCGCACCCGGUCUCAGUCAGCCAGGCGACGUCGCCGCUCUCGAUCCCGCUCCCACUCCCGCAGCCACAGGGACAGAGAUAGGGAUAGAGGUCGGGAACGGGAUGCAGAGCGGGAUAAGUCCUACUCGCGCACAGGCCGGCGAUCCCGGUCUCGAAGCCCCCCUGAUAUUGACCGCUAUGUACCUCCUACCAGCAACCGUAGUCGGACGCCGACCAGACGUCGAGCAAGGACGCCAGAUCGAGACAGAGAAAGGGAUAAAGAAGAUCGAUCAAAACUUCACGAAAUUGAUAGGAUUGAUAGGUACAUACCGGGAGGAUCUGGCACUGCUCCUUCCGUGGCUAGCGACAAGGAUGAUCGAAGGAGCAGAAGGAGAAGCAGAGCAGAUAAUAUUCUGGUCUAAUUUUGGGCCUUUUUUCUAUGAACUUUGCCAGUAUUAA